AUGUUAAUGUUUGACAAGUAGGAAGAAGGGCCUUGGCUGCCAUAUCUCGCUCAGUCUUAGACAACACAACCACACUCUUUCAGUUCUCUUUCUGCUCGGGAGUUUGUUGCUGCUUUGUGAAGGAAUUACAUCAAAUCUGAGGGAGAAAGACAGAAAGACACCAUGGAGGUGCUGGUGCUGAUCGACUUCGAGGGCACCAUGGGAGAUGAGAUCACAGUGAGGAUGGGGGAUGUGGUCAAAAACGUCACCAAAGCCAGCGAGGAGGGAUGGCUGGAGGGGGAGCUGAGGGGAAAGAGAGGCAUCUUCCCUGCCAACUUUGUCAAGGAGGUGCCGGUCUAUCUGAUGGGAGACAGCAAUAGGGAACCACGGAGCAUUAGAAAAACAAAGAGGAUGAAACAGACGAGGAAAUGCGAGGUGGCGUACGCCUACAGCGCCAUGAAUGAAGAUGAGCUGAGUCUGGUUGUUGGGGAGACGAUAGAGAUCAUCAGAGAGAUUGAAGAUGGAUGGUGGAUGGGGGUGAAAUAUGGCAAAGUGGGAGCAUUUCCGUCAAAUUUCGUCAAAGAAAUUUUUGUUUCGCCUAAAGAAGGCAAGUACAACGAGAGCAAGGCAAGACCCAAGCUGACUGACGCAGUCUUCAACAAGGAGAUAUCUCAAAGGGCAAGUGUGAGGAACAAAGCAAAAAACGUGGCCGAGUGCUGCCAAGUCAUGUUUGACUACACGGCCAAAGCAGCAGAUGAGCUGGAUCUGAAAAAAGGAGACGUUGUUGUGAUACUGAACAAGGAAACAGAAGAUGAAGGCUGGUGGGAGGGAGAGCUAAACGGAUGCUGUGGCUUCUUUCCUGAUAACUUUGUCAUGGUGAUACCACCAAUGGACGGCCUGCAAUCUGGGACCGCAAGCCAACCGCCUGCACGGACCAUUAGGAAGAAACUCUCAGUAAAGACGGAAGUCUCAGCGAUGGAGAAAGGUGGUCCAGCAAAGACAAAAGAUGAUAAACCAGAGGUUAAGGACCUGAGAAGCAACCCGCCAACCAAAGUCAAGUUGCCAACACUCAACAAGCCCAUCCCGCCUCCAGUCAAAGACAAACCCACCAAGGUUUUACCCAAAACCAAUGGUGAUGUGGCUCCUGUUGCCCCAAAACAAGCGGAGGAGAAAGAAACCAACAGCUUUGACGGAGUAGAUGUGCAGACGGAGAAGCUGUGCCAUCCUACAGCAAACAGAGCCAAACCGCCGCAGAGGAGACCGCCAUCAGGCCUCGUUUCAGCAACACAAGCCCAGGGCGCCACUGACCAGAAAGAACCAGAACUAUCGCCAAAAAAGUUCCAGACAGAGAAAUUACCUGGACUGCAAAAGGGUACAGAAAAUCUUCUGCCAUCACCUGCAAGGCCUGAUCCUCAGCCCAAAACACCACCUCCAGUUCGACCAACACCACCCAAAGUAGUUGUGGAUGGCAGGACUGUGACCCAUAAAGGAGAAGCAACUAUGGAAAGCCUGCAAGCUGAGAUCAAAGAGCUGAGGAUGGCUCUGGAGCUGCUACAGACAAGACACGACCGAGACAUGCAGGAAGUGAAAGAAGAACUGAGGGAGGAGAGAAGCAAACGAGAGGCACUGCAGGAGGAAGUUCACAGCUUGAGGAUGAAGCAUUAAUCCAACCGCAGACAGCUGUCCAUCUGUCUGUCUGUCUGUCUGACACUGUGCCAUGCAGGCUCUCGCUCUGCAAUUUUAAACAUGAUGAACAUUUUUCUGACGUGGAAUGGGGAUAGAGAAAACAAGUGAGCUCUCCCACCGCAGACUCCAGAGCGAGGGCUGAAUUAGAAAGUAUAGUUGGAUCAAGCUCAUCCUGCAGUGGACCUGAGAAACUUGAUUCUUCAAAAGACUUUUUAAUGUACUGUUAAAGUUUUUACAUAUUUGAAUGCUGGAAAUCACAAAUAUUGGUCCUAAGUGGGUUGUUUUAAAUUGUUUUGUUUCUUACUUUUAUCAUUACUGUACUUUUAACAUUUACACAGUUAAUGCCUCAGCAGAGUGUGUAAUAUAUGCAGCUGUACAUAGGAGGAUAUAUUGUGAUGUUAUUUGCAAAGAACUAAAAUAUAAUUAUAAGUCAUCCAAAGGGGCAUUGUUACAUGAAUGUUCAUACCUGAGAUACUACUGUCGAAAACAUGGGCUGACAUGCAGGUGAUUUUCUACACCAGAAUGUAAUGCUGCAUAAAUCCACUGGGGGGCAGUGUAUGACUAUGAUACAUAAAGAGAAGUGCUUAACUUUUCAGUCAACAUAUUUCAUUCAACAGAGUGAAUGUGUUGAGAUACACAGAAAUGGCUGAUGUUAAUGGACUGUGCUUUUAUAAAACAAAAUCUUGAAAACACUUCGGGGGUUAAACAGA